AUGGGCUCCGCCCCGCGACCCCGGACCUACCGGCCCUCGCGUCUGCCCCGGGACCCCGCCCCGCGACCCCCCCACCGCCUCUCGCGUCUCCCCCGCCGCCCCCCGGCUCCGCCCCGCGACCCCGGACCUACCGGCCCUCGCGUCUGCCCCGGGACCCCGCCCCGCGACCCCCCCACCGCCUCUCGCGUCUCCCCCGCCGCCCCCCGGCUCCGCCCCCCGACCUACCAGCCCUCGCGUCUGCCCCGGGACCCCGCCCCGCGACCCCCCCCCCCACCGCCUCUCGCGUCUCCCCCGCCGCCCCCCGGCUCCGCCCCCCGACCCCGGACCUACCGGCCCUCGCGUCUGCCCCGGGAACCCGCCCCGCGACCCCCCCACCGCCUCUCGCGUCUCCCCCGCCGCCCCCCGGCUCCGCCCCGCGACCCCGGACCUACCGGCCCUCGCGUCUGCCCCGGGACCCCGCCCCGCGACCCCCCCACCGCCUCUCGCGUCUCCCCCGCCGCCCCCCGGCUCCGCCCCCCGACCUACCAGCCCUCGCGUCUGCCCCGGGACCCCGCCCCGCGACCCCCCCCCACCGCCUCUCGCGUCUCCCCCGCCGCCCCCCGGCUCCGCCCCCCGACCCCGGACCUACCGGCCCUCGCGUCUGCCCCGGGAACCCGCCCCGCGACCCCCCCCCCACCGCCUCUCGCGUCUCCCCCGCCGCCCCCCGGCUCCGCCCCCCCACCCCGGACCUACCGGCCCUCGCGUCUGCCCCGGGACCCCGCCCCGCGACCCCCCCCACCGCCUCUCGCGUCUCCCCCGCCGCCCCCCGGCUCCGUCCCCUGA